AUGGAUUUCCAUCCAGACGACUCCCACGAGUCUGUAAGCCAUAUUCGGCCACCAAAUCCCCCCUUCGUAUUCCCACGAAGGCCCUCCGACGCCAGUAGCGACUAUAUGCCGCCGCCCUUACCAACCUUCUCCUUUAACCCGGGAAAUCUUCAUGCCCCAACGCCAUCUACAUCUGCAAUCACGGUUCCACGACCGGGCGGCCAUCGUCGACGACCGAGUGAACUAAUUGGAGGUGAUGGACCCCCAAGCCCUCGGAUGUUGAGUUCCAGUCCCGGAAAACAAGAUUUAGAUAUAACUGGCGUACCACUUCCUGCUCCAGGACCCCCAGCUCAUGGCCCAAGUCGUCGCGGACAUGCUCAUCGUCGUUCUCAGGCCAUGUCAAGCAUGGAUCUGACGGCAAUGACCAAGGCUGUGCCUCCUACACUAACCGUCGGCAGCGCUCCUACGACUCCGGCUGAUGCAAAGCACGAAUUUCAAGACAAGAUUAUUCAACCGAUGUCUCGCUCCGCUAUUAGUUUACUUCACCACCCCACACCUCCAGAUUCACCCGCCGGACAACCGAUCGAAAACACUCACCCUGACUUUGGAAAUACUCUUCACCCAGAGCCGCGACCACGGCCUGUUUCAAUGAUUUCCAAUGAGACUUCCAGCAGUCUUUCGACUGUCCGCCCUGGCCAUUCUCGUGCUAAUAGUGUGAACCCUCCUGGUCCUAAAGUUGAAAGUUCGUCUCAGCCUCCAAAGAUUCGUCCGAAAACCGCCGAUGCAGCCUCAUUAAUGGUGCUGCGACCGACCGAUCACAUUCCGCUUCCGGAUUUGCCUCUGUUUAGGAGGUCAUCUGUGGGAAAUAGACUUACAGAGCCCUUCCGCCUCUCGUCAGAGGCUGACGAGGCCCCGCAAAAGAAACGCAGCAAGAAGCAAGCCAAGAAAAAGAAACCUUCCGAGCAAUAUAGUAAACACGAAUCUACCAAUAAGAUGUCUCUCGAAGGAGCUGUGGACAUGGCGCGAGAUUUAUCCAGUGACAAGUGGGAGUCAGCGUCCAGCACUCGGUCAGGCGGCGAAGACUGCGGUCGCAAAGUGCGCAAGACUGCCAAGCGGGAUAAAAAAGUGCGUUCGUGGGCCGGUGCGAUAUUUCCAUUAAAGAGCAGGCGCCACCAUGUAAAGAAGGUUUCAAGACGGACCCCAACACCACCGCCGAUUCUUACUCGUACAAAUUCCGUUCAGGGGUCUAUUGAGGUUGACUUCGAUACCGACAACACGGUUAUCAUUCGCACGCCUACCAACCCCAAUGCGCCAACUUCUACUAUCAAGGAGCCGCCGCCACCAGCCGAUGUCGCUUUUGAGAGUUCUUGGAAACCGCGCAGCUUUUACGAACAGAAUAUAGAUAACGACGUCUUCAGCCCAGUCAUCGAUCUCGAUGCCGCCCUGGGUCCUUUCAAUACGCCAGAAAUGAGCUCUGGUCGAGUCGCUGGUAGCGCUUUCUCGCAGGCCACGAAGCGAAUGUACAGCGGCGGUCGACGAGGUGAAUUUGUCGGUCCUGAGAUGCGAUAUCAUCGCCGUGCCGAAAGCGCCCCGGAAAUGCCUCCUAUUGACCGCAGCUCCCUUGGGUUUCCCAGGUUAGGCAGUAACUCGACAAUGGCUCACGCGGACGUCUUUUACGAAGAAGAGGAAGAUGCUUUCCUAGCAGAAAACCAUUUGGCAAGCGACGAGUCUAAUUCAGUAUCAGACGAUGACUCAAUAUCGAGCGUGAUUGAAUCUGAAGUAGAACCUUCAAGCAGCGACACAUUACGUGGUAUUCAAGAGAAUACAAUCCCUCCGGCGGACGAUGGACUCGGAAUUCAUGUAGCUCAACAUACUAUGGCCGAGGAAAAUGUGGAGGAUGGACCAGGGGAUGCCAUUGAUUCCGACGAGUGCAUCGGUACAUCCUCGUAUCACCGUGAAAUGACAAGUCAGAAGUCAGUCGAGAUUUUUGAACCAGAGCAGUGGGCGGCUCCUCGAGUUCCAUAUGCUACCAGUCCAGAUGUAUCUCCACAUAUGUUGCCCAUGGAGAAAAGACCAUACUCUUCGCCACUUGACUUCAGCAGCAGUCUUCCGCAAUUAUCCUUGCCUUCUCGACAACCGUCUAGUUCUGCCUUCCCUUCGCCCGAUCCGUCGAACAUGUCAUUUGAUGGCCCUCAUUCUGCGACCGCAUCGUCAAUGACAGAUCAGACUACAUUCAACCACCCUUUUCAGGACCAAAUGCAGUAUUCGGCUGAAGAUAUUCCAUCUUUGACUAGCAGUGCUUCUACCAAGACCAAUUCUCGGGGACGAUUUUCUGCCAAUUUCUACACACGAACUUCCGGCGAACGACCGGUCUCAUUCUCUAGCCAAUUACCUCCUCGGACAAGUAACUCUACAUCGGCGAAGCGAGCCAGUCUUGUUAGCCUUUCCAGGCUCAUGAGUGGAACGUAUGGCGAAAAGAGUAAACUAUGUCAUGAAGAGAAGCCACCCGCGGACGAGGCUGAGAAUAGCCGCAAGAAAAACCACCGCAUGAGUCGUCGUUUAAUGUUCUGGAAGUCAAAAGACAAGCAAAAAGCGGGUGAUUAA